ACGGGCAUCAGUGGCAGCAGGUGCAACCUGCUCCACCUGCGUCUGUCAUACAUACGGAAGAGUGACAAGUCACCAGUAAACAAAUGUCCUGAAGUUAUUUCCUGUUGCAGUACUUUCCGGUUUAUUUAUUUUCUUUUUAUUUAUCCUACAAUUCCUUCGAGUUACAACUCGAAACUGCUUCGGAUCCGACCGAUGAGUUACAACGUGACAAGAUGAAAGUUUCUACAAGUCCAGGCUUCUUCAGCAAACUGACGGUUUGCGCUGCGGUACUGUCAGUGAUUCAGUGCCACUUCACCACAAGUACCACCAUGUCAACUUUGCAAAGGAGCCUUUACGGUGACUUUCUUCACCUUGACUCGGCCCCUGACACCGUCACAGCCAACUCCACUGUGCAGGUGUCAUACACUUGCUCCAGGGCCUGCAGAGUGGGGAUCGAGAUUGUGCUUUCCACAACAAAAACGGACGGACUUGUGACCUUUAGGAGAUCAUGGACUCAUGUCAAGCAACUAAAUCAAACUAGAACAAGGACGGUUCAGCUGACUUUCCCUCCUGCUGUGGUGUAUAAGAGAGACUAUUUCUUCAGGCGGACAGUGGAAGCUCAUGACGUGACGCUGAGAGCAUGGCUGGUGCAUCUGGAUGGAGCAGAAAGCAAUAGCAGUCAUGUCGGAGUCGGUCAGUACGAGCGAUCCGUGGUGAGAUUGUUUAAAACUCUGCAGAUGGUUCCACCCUCGGAACGUCCGGCCAAAUCACCGAGCGGCUGCAUUGCGUGGGGGGCGGAGCUGACGUGGAAUCAGACCAAGGACAGAAUAGAGAAGUGCUCUCCUGAGUCAGACAUAGUGAGACUCCUGACGUUCCCUUUUGCGAGCACUGGAGAGAAAUAUGGAAUCAUCCGGACGUUUCCAGACUUCGCCAACAGAGAGCUGGCGAUUGCGAGGCUGCGUGCUCUAGAGAAACCCAGACUGACCGUGUCGGUGUGGUUGUAUUUGCUAAACUGGUGCGAGGAAAAGCUCUGCGGCAUCAUCAAGCACGUGAACGAGCACAGGAAAUACGCAACUCCUCUCCUAUUGCUGACUAACACAGGCAGCAUCAUGGUGCAGGUGCGUUUGACCUCUGGACUGGAACAGGCGUUCACAGCUCACACAGAUCUCCCUCUCUGGACCUGGAUCCGUGUGGACCUCUUCGUCCAGACCUCAGAGGCGAAGCUCAUAAUCACGCAGGCCAACUUAGAAGAUAGCCUCAUGGAAGCCAGUUACAGUUUUCAGGAUACUGUUCUGUACAAUGACACUUCAGGAUUCUUUGUGAUCGGUGGCAGCAUCUACAUGCCAGGAAUUCAAGGUUAUGUUGGACCAGUUAAAUACUACCGCUUAGGUUCUGACACGGUGGUGAACCCUCUGACUCCAGAGAGAACACUUCAGGAACUGAACGAAGCCCACAGACAUUGUGAGGACCUUAAACAGAUCACUGAAGCCUACGUAAAAGCUCUACAAGACAGCAGAGCCAGUCUUGCCAACGAUGUGUGUGUGUCAUAUUACGAGCUGUCGAGGAGGACGUUCGGCCAGACUAGGUGCAUGCAGACGUGGUCCUGGGAUCAUCAGAUGAAAUACCGUGCUGCACUGAAGACACUGAGAAGGCAUGAGGAAGAACUGAUGUCAGGCCCAUGGAGCAGCAAGAAAGCGUCACUCUUUGGACAGCGCCUCUACCAAGACGUGGUAAAGAGGUUAGCUGAUGCCGGUUUGGGAGACAUCGAUACCUCGCUAGUAGAGCUGCUGCAGCUGUGCUCCUGUUGGGGUCAUCAUCAGGCGUCUCUCAUGCUCGCCACUUUACACCUUUCCGGGCUCGGAGUGCCAGCGGACCAGGAGAAGGGACACGUGUACAGCCUGAUGGGCGGAGUACGAGAUGAGCGUCUGGCUCUGUUGCAUUUGGGCUACAAGCACAUGCAGGGUCUGGACGGCUUCCCUAAGGACCUGGACAUGGCUUACGGCUACUACGCCAACAUGGGAAAGCAGACCAUCAUCGACCACAAUAAAGUCCAGGACUCGGAGCAAGCCCUCAUUGAGCAUGUGCGCUUAACCAACCCGAAGGACCUUCAGAUGCAAGCGGGCGAGUCCGAUGACAUCAUACAGUUUCUCAUACACCAGGCCGAGAGAGGAGACAUCGAGUCCCAGAAAACCCUGGCGCGGAUGUCAUUCUACGGCAGUAAUGGCAUGAGGAAGGACAUCAGCACAGCUCUAAGUUGGUACGCCAGGAGCGCAAUGCAGAUGACGGACGCUGUAGCCAUGUAUGACUACAGCAUCCUGCUGCUGAAGGGAAUUGGAGGGAAGAAGAACCAAACCCUGGCAUUAAAACUCCUGAAGAAGGCAGCUGACAUGGGCUACGCGGACGCUCUGAAUGCUCUCGGCUGGUACCACGGCACCAUGGGAAAAAACAACACAAAGGCUGCAUACUACUUUGUCCUGGCUGCUCGUAACGGCAGUCGAGAAGGCAUGUUUAACCUGGGUGUGUAUCACCUGAACGGCGCCAUCCCGGACUCAUCGGGCAAGAACGAGACAGCUGCGUUUCAGUGUUUCCUGAAGGCGGGUGAGCUGGGUCAUGCAGACGGCGCCGUGGAGGCCGCGUCGUCUCUCUCUCAAGGACACUUACCGGGCGUGCGCAGAGAUCCAGAGAAAGCCGUGACUCUGCUGAAGCUGAUCAGCGAGAAGAACGGCCACCUGGGCUUCACCGUCCGAGACGCUCUGAAAGCAUUCCAGCACGGCUCAUGGGAUGAGGCUUUGUUGAAAUACGCGGUGCUCGCCGAAACCGGCUUUGUCGUGGCGCAGAUCAACGCCGCACACCUCUGUGAGGUGAUGGAGCACGAUUCUACCUGCCAGUGGAGGUAUCAUAAUUACUCCACCUAUAACCACGCUCCGUACGAAUCAGGUCUGCUGAAGAUGGGAGACCACUACAUUGUAGUAGGUGACAUGGAAAAGGCUAUAGCACUGUACAGCAGAGCAGCACUGAGAGGAAGUGCUCAGGGCAUGUACAACCUGGCAGUUUUGACUGAUGAAGGGCACGACAUCCCCGCACAUGUACUGGAACAAAUGAAGAUCUCGACUGCGCCUCAGCUGGACAAGAGUGCCGCAGUGGAGAAACUGUUGCUCAGAUGCCGGGAGCUGGAGGGUAAGGGAGAGGAAAUGAGUCCAUGCUCUCUGGCUCUGUUUGGACUGCGUGUGGCCAGAACGUGGUGCAGCUUCACACACAGCACCGUCUACCUCGCACUGACCCUCACCACCCUCGUCAUGUUCGUGCUCGCCGUCGUAACACAAAGUGCGCUCGCCCGCUACUGUGCAGCAGCUCUUCCACGCAGUAUUCCUAACCAAUCAUCACCCGAACAAAGUGAAUCACCCCGCCUCAGCCGAGUCAGAGGAAGCGACUCGGACACUGCAGCAAAUCAGGAACGACCCUCGAGAGUCACUCGAGCCAUGGUGAUCGCUCAAACCUACGCGAGCCGACACUUCCUAUCCCUGCAGGAGGCAGCUGAUUUGGUCAUCACGGUGACUGGAGUGUGUGUGUGUGCCUUGUGCACAAUGUUUGUCUCGCAUCUGCUUUAACUUUAAGCAUGUAGAAGAACAAUGUCAAGGAGAACAUUUUUAACAAGACUGAAAAACCAACAUCCAUGCACAGCUCGUUAACACACAGCACAUGAUGUUAAUUGGCUAAUUGGGUAAAAUAAUAGAGGUUUAAUUUUUUUUUAAAUGAAUUCAACAGUACAUAAGAAACCAGGUGAUCCUUUAUUGUAGUGCACAAAGCUGCAGAACAGCGCCAUCUUCUGACAGAAACACCGAGCUCAGUCCAACUGGGGAAGUUUGAUAACAUUAAACCAGUUUUUCAGUUUAUUAUCCAUUUCAUUCCAAUAGACAGGGGAAAAAAUGCUUGCAAAAUUUACAGAAACAAUAUUAUCAGCAGUGAACAAAUAUUUGAUUAUUAUUUUAUUUUUUAAACCAAACCUACCAGACAAGUGAGUGCUACAAUAUGCUUGCCCCCAUCUUGUAUUUUGCUUGGUGUGUACUCAAUAGUAUUACUCUAGGAUGAAGUCUGAAGCUGUGCUUUUGAAAAUAGAGUACAGUUCUUUUAAGCCUCACUCAAUCUAACAGAAAAAAAGAAGAGAGAGAGAAAAAAAGGCCAGGACUCUAGCUGAGACUAGCGUUCAGACUAAACGCCAAUAAUUGAUAAGUUGAUUCACAGAAGGGGAAAGGACGUGGGAUGUGAAAGAUGUACUUCUUUCUAGUAGCACUUACUUUGGUGUUGCACCAAUGUUUUUUUCCCACAGCGGAUAUAAAAAGUCUACACACCCCUCUAAAAAAGUUUUUUCAUUCAUUUUUUUUCUUCCUGUUUGUUUUACACUUGAAUUUCGUUGGUUUCUGUAUCACAGGAAAGUUGGGAAAAAAGUUCAGACAUGAUUUAUCUUGGUUUCUUUUGGUCUACAUAAUCAAAAACUGCCAUUUUAACAGGGGUGUGUAGACUUUUUAUAUCCACUCGAGCUGAGCUACAAAUCAGCUCCUUGGUUUCAUGAAGGAAAAGAAAACAAGACGGGCAGGACUGUGGACGCUUCGUGGAUAAAAGCAUGGUGUAGACCCCGCAUCCAGAAUAUUUCUGCCUACAAAUGAUCAGCUCAGUGACAUGUGUUUGAAGUGGAUUUGAGGAUUGCUGUAUUUGCCUCUGCACAAACUUUGAGUCAAACCUCAAGGGAAUGUUGUAUUGUAUUCAAUGUAUGAAGGUCAAAUGUUGAAGGUCAAAAAGAGAUUUUAAGAGGUUUUCUAAGUUAGCUGCCUUUUCAUCACAGAAUGGGAACCUUUUCAACCUACAGAGGCAAAUACUUUACUAUACAAACAUUACUCCUUUUUUUUUUCUUUUUUUUUUCUGUUAAGAGCCAAAGCAAAAUCAUAAAUAAACGCACAAUGUUUCACCAUGC